AUGCUUAAACUCGUGAUCAUUCCAUUCUUCCUCCUAUCCUGCUUUCAAUCCACUCAGGAGAGUCAAAAAUCCAAUGAGAAAGAUAGCGAGCAACUGUCUAACCCUGAGUUUGGAUCUCUCCAAAAGAGCGUGGAGGUAGAAAUUGGCCAGAAUGUGACCCUGUCCUGUCAAUCCACCAAUGGCUCUCUUCCUAUCAACUAUACAUUUUUUAGAGGAAGUCAGAAUCUGUGGCCGAUUAUACCGAAGAAAGACAGGGACCCAGCUCUGUUUAACCUAACUAUCAGUUCUGCCAGCGACGUGGGGGAAUAUAAAUGCAAAGUUGAAAACAGAAUCUCCAACAGUUCAAAAUACAGCAAGAGUCUCAACUUUACGUUACUAGAUCCAGUGUCCAAACCAGUGCUGAGCACGACUACUUCCCAAGUGAGGAUAGGCCAGAAUGUGACACUGUCUUGUCACUCAGAAAAUGGCUCUUCUCCCAUCAACUACAUAUUUUUUAAAGGAAAGAAGUCUAUGUCAUCCAGAAUAUCUAUGCAAGGAAAGGCAGCAGCUGUGUUAAAUGUAACUAUCAAUUCUCCCACUGACUUUGGCGACUAUAAAUGCAAAGCUGAAAAUAAUAUCCCCAAUAAUACAAAAUAUAGCAACAGUCUCACCUUUACACUAGCAGAAGAGGAUGGCGUUUCCUAUCCCCUCUGCAUUUUUCUUGUGCUGCUGUUUCUGCUGGUGGUGAUAGCAACUGCCCUACUGGUUCCAUUUCUGAUCCUGCCUUGGUGUAAAGCAAGAAAACUGAAGUCAGCUGGCUGCUCAACUGGUUUUGUUUCAACGGACAAAGCAACAGGGUCUGAAAACUACGUGACAUACACUGAGAUUGAGUAUGCUAAAUCUGAAGAACUGGAGUACGCCAACAUACGGAUUAGAAAAGAGGAGGAAGAUAGGAAAGUGAACACGAGGGCAGAUACUACAGUUGUCUACUCUGACGUCAUCAUAAGAGAUGGAACGCAACAAGCUGAACCACUCCAUUCUCCAGCGUAGCAUCACUGAUCAAGAUUGUGAAGAGGACACUCAUCUCAUCAUACCUGCCAAAGAACGAGCACUCAUUACUGCUGUUACAGUAUUGUUGCCUUGGUGUGUGGCAGACUUAGAUUGGGGUUAUAUCCCAGAGCAAUAUGUAUAUGUUCAAGUUUUGCAUGUAGUUCUGUGUCCAAUAUGAAGAUGCCUAUUUUCUUACUUUCAGCUCCUUGAUCUUCUCUAGUUAACUGCAGUAAGUUAUUAGAUUCCUUUGCAAUAAAAGGGGAGUUUUAUUUAGUAACCUACAAUAGGGACAUUUUUCACAGGAGAAAAAUGUUACCAUUUCUCCAAUAUUUACUAGCUGACCAGCCAUACUUUGAAGAGUAUUGUACAUGAACAUGACUUAUUAACUUUGCUAUGUUAAAACAGUAUGUGUUUGUUUCUUGCUGAAAACCUCUAUUAAUGUUAAGAGAAAAGCACAAUCAAGAUUUUUUUUUUUUUUUUUUACUCCUUAAUCUACUUGUUUUGUAGGUUGAUGUGGGCCAGUUCUAGCAAACUUAAUUGGCAUGAGCAAUUCUUACUCCAGGGGUAGGCAACCUAUGGCACGCUAGCUGAUUUUCAGUAGCACUCACACUGCCCGGGUCCUGGCCACUGGUCCAGAGCUCUGUAUUUUAAUUUAAUUUUAAAUGAAGCUUCUUAAACAUUUUAAAAACCUUAUUUACUUUACAUAAAACAAUAGUUUAGUUAUAUAUUAUAGACUUAUAGAAAGAGACCUUCUAAAAACAUUAAAAUGUAUUACUGGCACGCAAAACCUUAAAUUAGAGUGAAUAAAUGAAGACUCGGCACCCCACUUCUGAAAGGUUGCCAACCCCUGUCUUACUCAGUAGGACUGCUUGUGUGAAUGAGAAUUACUCAAGCUGGUAUCGGUUGCAGGGCUGGGUUCUAUAUAACAACAGUUUCAAAUCAAAUGACUUAAGAAUGAAAUGCAGAAGUCAGUCCAGAUGCAAAAUUGGAUGUAAACUGGUUCAGUAGAUUUAUGAUUCACUCUAAGAAACUACAGUUUUCAGAUGGGAUUUCCUGAAUGGUUUAUUAUUAGCAACUGAAGAGAAAAAAAAAAAAAAACAAAAAACAAAUAGUUGAAGUAUGAAAAAUAAAAAAGUUUACUGAAAUCCCUUUUUUUUUUUUUU